AUGAUCACACCAGGAAUUAUUGACGUGGAGCCACUCCUUCCACCUCUUCGACCUCUUAGAGAAUUUCUUGCCUAUACUUCACUUAGAAAUCACAAACAACCACUUAGAGCAAGAAUAUUGGAUUCUAUUACAUUUUUCCAAACUAAUUAUUUGCUCAUCAACAUGAUUAUGUUGUGUUUACCAAUGCUCUUCUCCUAUUUAUUUUUCCCUGUUUUAAUCCUUGCUCUAAGUCUUUUCUUCUUCUUGGCCUAUCACAAGUCUGACAACAUCAUUGUUUUGCGUCGUAUAAAGGUUACCAAAAAUUUGGCCAUUCUCACUUGCUUGUUUGCUCUCGUAUUGCUCGUUCUCGUCUCUGGAAUGUACACCACUCUCUUUGUAGGAUAUAUCUUUACAGUAUUCUUCGUCAUGUCACAUGCUUGUCUUACUGAUCGUAGAAGAACACAACCAUCAUUCCAACAAGAUGACUCAAAUGGAGCUAGUAGAAUUUUCGAUCCAGAAGAAAUCAUUCGUAGAGAUGAAAUGCAAAGAAGAAACUUCCAACAACCAAUGACUGGUUACUCAACAAGUAAUAGAUUUAUGACUCCUGGAACCAUUCAACCAACUUCUUAUGAACCAACCUCUUCUGAUGCUUCAACUACUGAAGAUGACUCGAAGCGUUAUAAGAAGGAAAAAAUUGAACAAACUAGAAAACGUAUUAAGGAAAACUAUGGAUUGGAAUAAAAAUUCAUCC